AUGGAUUCCUUCGGGGCGGCAAACGCUCGGUUUGGGCUUGGCCUUUUCAAAGAACUGAAGAAGUCCAAUGAUGGCAAUGUCUUAUUUUCUCCGGUGGGCAUCUCAACGGCCAUUGGCAUGAUCCUCCUGGGCACCCGCGGGAGCACUGCCCACCAGCUGCAGCAGGUGUUUUACUCUGAGGAAGAAGGCGCAGGAAACCCAAGAGCAACAGCUGAAGAACAGGAAGUUAACGAGAAGACAGAAAUGAUACAUCUGCAAUUACAAAAGGUUUUAACUGAGAUAAACCAGCCCACUGAUGGCUAUGAGUUGAACAUUGCCAACAGGCUAUUUGGAGAGAAGACAUACCUCUUUCUUCAGAAAUACUUAGAUUAUGUUGAAAAAUACUACCACGCUUCUCUGGAACCUGUGGAUUUUGUGAAUGCAGCAGAUGACAGUCGAAAGAAGAUUAAUUCCUGGGUGGAAAGAGAGACACAUGAAAAAGUCAAGGACCAGUUUCCAGCUGGCUCCCUGGGCAGCUCGACCAGGCUGGUGCUGGUGAACGCGGUGUACUUCAGAGGGCAGUGGGCCCAGGGCUUUAAGAAAGAAGACACCCAGGAGGAACAAUUCUGGCUGAAUAAGAGCACGAGCAAACCUGUGCUGAUGAUGAAGCUGUGCCACUCCUUCCCCUUCGCCUCCCUGGAGGACCUGCAGGCCAAACUUCUGGGGAUUCCAUACAAGAACAACGACCUGUGCAUGUUUGUGCUGCUGCCAGAUGCCAUCGAUGGGCUGCAGAAGAUUGUAGACCAAGUAAGUCCGGAGCAGUUGGUGGAGUGGACGAACCCAGGGCACCUAGAGGAGCGCAAGGUCAGCCUGCACCUGCCCCGCUUUGAGGUGGAGAACACCUACAAUCUGGAGGAGCCUCUGGGAGCCAUGGGGCUGGAGGACGCCUUCAGUGAGCUCCAGGCCGACUACUCUGGCAUGUCUGCCAGCUCCAGGCUACACGCCCAGAAGUUCCUGCACAGGUCCUUUGUGGCAGUGACAGAAGAAGGCACUGAGGCGGCUGCCGCCACUGGGGUGGCCUUCAGCAUCUCCGCAGUCUCUGGUUAUGACAGCGUCCACUGCAAUCACCCUUUCCUGUUUUUAAUCAGGCACCGUGAAUCCAGCAGCGUCCUUUUCUUUGGCCAGUUUUCUUCUCCCUAG